GCAUUUCGGAAGAGUCUCUGGUGUUUCCCAAAGGGCACGUAUUCAAGCCAGGGGAACGCGUUGUAGAGGAAAGCCCAGGCACUGGCUGCCAGUUCCACAUUCUCACUGAAGAUUUCAAUCAUGUGCUGGAAGUCACGGUCGUCGUAGGUAAAGCGCUGUCCAAAGAUUAUAAGGGUCACAUCGCCACGGAAGCCCAAAUAAGGAAGAGAGGACUGCCGAUCGACUGGGCACAUUGUUACUGGAUACACACAAAUGGAGGCCUCUCUGAUUGGCUGGACGCUGAAGCAGAACUCUCUGGUUGGCCCACGGAAGAUCAUUAAACACCCACGCUGUCAAUAGUGGGACCCUCAUGGUGGGUAUAUAGGCAGCUGUCCUGCAGCUAAAUGCAACAGACUCUAAAUUUCAUCACGUUGAAUUAACCGUUCUGCUUUGCAACCGUCCUUUUCUACUUUCAGCAAGCUAUAACAUCACAAGGGGAUCAUGGUUAUGCUGAAGAUUUCCGCUUUCCUUGUUGCCUACGCUUUGAUCAUUUGUCAGAUGUACUGCUCAAACGCAGCUCCGUCCAGGCCUGCUCUGGAGCCCUCGCAAGACGAGGCUACACUCACUGACUAUGAGGCAAGACGGUUACUAAACGCAAUCAUCAAAGAGUUUGUGCAGAUGACUGCGGAAGACCUAGAUCAACAAGAAACUGAAGAGAACAGCCUGGCUAGACCAAUGUCCAAGCGCUGCUCCAACCUCAGCACCUGCGUGCUGGGCAAGCUGUCGCAGGAGCUGCACAAGCUGCAGACGUACCCUCGCACCAAUGUGGGAGCAGGGACCCCGGGCAAGAAGCGCAGCGCUGAGGCCGGCGGCGUGUUCGCCGGUUACAGAGAGGCAAUCGAUCGUGUCUAAACGCCCACCUGCUGGCUUGGUCCUGAUUAUUUGAGUGCUCAAUGCAUGUGGAUCUUAUGGCUUGCCUGAGUGAUUUGACAAAACCCAUUCCUUUUUCAUUUCGAACCUUCUUUGGCAGAGUGACAGGAUAGACUGUUUAACCUUCAUGAUUCUAGUCUUUUUGAACCUUCGUAUCUCUCUAGUUUCAAACCAUUUAAUCAAACACAACCCACCUGGGCAGCUCUCGGUAAUGAGCUCUGAUACAGUAGUGCAACAUGCCUCUCCUUUGACUUGACUCUCAUUUAAUAAACCUAU